AUGGUCACCCGUGAGGACGGCAGCAGACACGAGGUGCCCAGGGCCCGCCUGUUAAAUUGGUACGAAGGCCUUCUUGUCUUGCAAGAGCUUGAAGCGAAAAGUAAUGCAGGUGUCACUUGGUUUGACGACCGUUGCCGCAAUCUCUUGAUCCAGGAGCGCAGGAAGUACAAGUCCGGGAUCUCGGGCAGCCUUUGGGUCGAAAAGAAGCUCUUGAAUAUUUCCGUCACAGGUAAACGGUUGGAUGCAGAGGGCCCACACCUUACCCAUCGGCGGCCCGAGGUGAAAGAUGUAGAGAUUCCUGCAGGGAGCGAGGAUGAGGUAGUGCCGGGCUUGUUCAGCAUCGCUGACAUCACUGGCUACAUGCCCCCGUGGGAGGCCUGGUGCCACGAGCAUGCUGGCUUCUAUCAAGACUUCUAUAAGGUGCAGUGGAAGAGCGCUAAGGGCACAGCCUGGGCAGGAAUGAAUUUCUCAAAAGUGGAGAAUGGUGCCGUCGAAGCAGGUUCGACUUGGGAGCCUGACGACUGCAUACCGCCCAGCCUUGAUGGCAUGAGGUUGCGCGAAAAGACUCGGUGGUUCAAGCGCAAGCGCGACCAGGAGCAGAAGGCCGAGAAGGAGCUUGCCGAAGCCAUGAAGUCGAAGCGCCCUCGAAACGAGAGCUCAGCGAGGCCAGAGCCGCCGGCAAACAUGGGCCGGUACAGGCGCAAUGGCAAACCCCUCAUGAAAGACCAGUUCCUUCAGAUUGGCCACGACUUUGAUCCGUCUGAAGCAAGCAAGGAUAUUUGUAGCGGCUGGCCGAAGAGAGCCGAGGACUAUCCCCCCGGCUACGGAUGCGCAGACCCACCCGGACUCUGCAAUGCCACAUGUGAUUGUAUGGAUGACAACAGAGUUCUGCCGCGCGAGGAAGUGACGAAGAUGUGGCUCGAGGAUCCGAGACGCUCCUCCGAUGCGAGCCUGGCCAUUCAGAAUCUGAGCCUGCAAACGCACUUCGUCACGAAAAGGGGCUCGUUUUCGAAGGAGCACCGCUUUGAGCCUGUCCAGACAGGCCAUACAAACCAGACGACGCACACGAACGCGGCGCUGAAUCUUUGCAAAGUUUUGGAGGAGUCGGUCCGAUCGGUGCUUAAGGACCUGCCCAUGUUGGCCCUCCAACAGAACGGAGAUUCGGUUCGAAUCCCUCGCGCCCUACUCAAGCCGUCCGACAAUUUUGUGCCGGUACGAGUCCAGCUGUCACAGACUUCUGCUGCUCGAACAUGGCUGUCUCUCAGUGAGGAUGGCAAGCUGUCUCUCAUUGGCAACGGCCCUCCAAGCCGGCCAGCGCCUUUCAGAGUGGAAUUCGUCCACUCGGAGUCGGAGUGGGAGGGAUUGACUGAUGUUGUGGACUGCAUGGUCACCGACACCCAGCAGAAGCCCUGGCUGUCGGCUUCGGCAACAAUCGCGGCGCGGUUCACGAAUGUGGCGCUCUGUCCUUUGUCACGCAAUGUUCGCGUGGUUCUGCAGGAGCAUCUUCGAAAGAUGUUCAGCCUCGAAACGAAGGUAGCGAAGGAAGUUUCCCUUGGCCGCUGGCUCGAUGUUGUGGACAUGCUCAUCCACAUGCUCCGGACGACAGCAAUGGUUGACUUUGUGAGGUCCGAUGCUCAAACCUCUCGGCAACCUCCACGAGCUGCGGCUGUCGCUCAAGCUCGAUAA